GCGAAGCAGGGUCGGAAACAGGGUUGUUGGUGCAAUCAUAUGAUUUGAUUGAAAAUUCUCAGUACGGCGAGAUAAAUAAAUAAAGUGGAUCCUGAUAGUCCACCAUGACCGCCGGUGUAACCGAAAAAGAGGCCGCAGGCCAGCUGCUGGACGACUUGUACCUGGACAUGUUCCACCUGAUCGAGGAGCACACCCAGUGCCGGAUUAAUCUGGAGCGAAGCAACGCCAGUGGGGCGAUUCUCCUGGCCCGCACUCGGUUCCAACACGGAGGCAGCAACUCCGUGUUCACGGCGCAGAUCCCCACGGAAAACAGUGCCGAGUUCAAUGCCCUCUGCCGGGUCGUGGACUCAGGGGAUGGCAUCUCCAUCCAGAGACAGGCGGUGGACAAAUCCAAGGGCUUCGUGGAGCCCCUGCACUGGUUCUCGGUUCUGCCGCCGAUGAGUUUGCGCAAUGCGGUUUCAAAGUUUAAGGAUUGCAUCGAGCUGGUGGCGGAGAGCACAAAUCUGCAGCGGCAGCUAGCAGAUGCCCUCAAUUGGAUUGCUAAACUGCGCCAGACGGCCCUGCUAAACUAGAUAUUAAUCACCCACACACAAUCCAUAAAUUGUUAAGAGUAAAGUCGAUUUAAAAUCAUAAAUAAAAAAGGUAUGAGUUCUAGUGACAAAUCAAAAA